AUGGCCCCACUGGCACCCAUCCUGCGAACAGCCGUCUGGGCCGUCAUUGCGCCGCUCAUACUCUACAUUACCUUGCUCGGCUUGGCAACGAUACCUUCCGUACAACGACACGCAUUGUAUGCACACAAAAUCAACACAUUGUGGUUCCGUGACAUAAACGAACCCGAGCUUUUCGGGUUCGCCACUGGACAAGUAACGCCUUUCUUUCUCAAGACUCCCGAUGAGGUGGAACUGUAUGCGUGGCACAUUGCCCCUCUUCCGCUCUAUCUCCAAAACGAGGAGGCUUUGUCGACGCAAAAGCCGGGUGUGUCCGAAGACAUCACCGCCACAGAGUCUUUCCGCGUGCUCAAAGAGGACCCCAAAGCUCGCGUUGUUGUCUAUCGUGACAUCGCCCAGGGCCACAGGCCAGACAGCUACCACACACUCACAGACACCUCGUCCUAUCACGUUCUGACGAUCGACUACAGAGGCUUCGGCCAUUCAACGGGUGCACCCUCUGAACCCGGUCUCAUCCAGGAUGCGGCUACCCUGAUCGAUUGGGUCAUCAACGUUGCGGGGAUCUCUGCCGACCGCAUCGUCAUCCUCGGACAGAGCCUCGGCACGGCAGUAGCCAGCGGCGUCGCCGAGCGCUAUGCCUCCGAAGGCGUCGAGUUUGCCGGUGUCGUGCUCGUUGCUGGCUUCAGCUCGCUCCCCAAGAUGCUGCGCGGCUACCGCGCCGCUGGCGUCCUACAUCUCUUGGGACCCCUCAACGCGUGGCCGUGGCUGCUGGACUGGGUGGAGAGGAACGUCAUCUGGGAAAAGUGGCACACCGUCGCGCGUCUGGAGCGUCUGGUGCAUUUGGCCAAGACGAGGUUGCGCCUGAUCAUCAUCGCUGCCGCCGACGAUGCUGAUAUUCCUCCCGAGGAAAGCAACCGGCUGUUUCGCGUCGCGGCGAAUGCGACUGCCAAGGGUGAACUUGACCCGGAUCUGUUCGCCUCGUGGAAAGAUGAGAGGACGGUGCGCACUCGACAGGAUGCCUUUGUCACAACGGUCAAGGCUGAGCCGAACAUUAUCAUUCGGCAGGAGCUCUUCCCGUAUGGAGGUCAUAAUGACAUUAUGGGCUCUGCGCCAGUCGCCCUCGCAGUCAUGAGGUGCUUUGACUUGGGAGGAGUCAAGAAGUAG